GCGGGGCUCGGGCUCCGGCCGGAGCUGCGGCGGCCGCAGGUUCCAGAGCGGGUUGGAACAGCGGCCGGCGUGCCGCGCGCUGCAGCCCUUGUCUCCGGUCCUCCAGCGGCGUCGCCACCGCUGUCCCGCCGCGGUCGGACCUCAAAGGUAGGGACAAAGCGGCUGGCCGGGAGGCUGCGCCGGAGUCGAAUUUACCUGCAGCUGCCGGCAACCACAGGCUCCAAGAUGGUUUGCGGGGGCUUCGCGUGUUCCAAGAACUGCCUGUGCGCCCUCAACCUGCUCUACACUUUGGUUAGUCUGUUGCUAAUUGGAAUUGCUGCGUGGGGCAUUGGCUUUGGACUGAUUUCCAGUCUCCGGGUGGUCGGCGUGGUCAUUGCGGUGGGCAUCUUCUUGUUCCUGAUUGCAUUAGUGGGGCUGAUCGGAGCCGUGAAACACCAUCAGGUGUUGCUAUUUUUUUAUAUGAUUAUUCUCUUACUGGUAUUUAUUGUUCAGUUUUCUGUAUCUUGUGCUUGUUUAGCCCUGAAUCAGGAACAGCAGGGUCAGCUUUUGGAGGUUGGUUGGAACAAUACAGCAAGUGCUCGGAAUGACAUCCAGAGAAAUUUAAACUGCUGUGGGUUCCGAAGUUUUAAUCCAAAUGACACCUGUCAGGCUAGCUGUGUUAAAAGUGGCCACCCGUGCUCACUGUGUGCUCCGAUAAUAGGAAAAUAUGCUGGAGAGGUUUUGAGAUUUGUUGGUGGCAUUGGCCUCUUCUUCAGUUUUACAGAGAUCUUGGGUGUUUGGCUGACCUACAGAUACAGGAACCAGAAAGAUCCUCGCGCUAAUCCCAGUGCAUUCCUUUGAUGAGAAGAAAAGGAAAAUCUUUCAUAUCGUGAUCUUGUUCAUGUUCUCUGAUUUUACGUUAAGCUAAUUUGCCCAUUAAAUGAAAGAAACAGUAUGUGAAAAAUUACAUUGUUGACAGUGGAAUUACAUAUUUUUACUCUUUACGAUUCUCUGUUUUUACUUUUAUGUUGUUUUCACUCAUUGCUGAAAAAAAUUUGAAACUUGUGGUCUCCUCUGAUCCUCAGUGGUACCUGUAAUCUACUGUAUUCACAGUGUCUGCCACUGUCCACUGUGGCCUUUCUUAGCAUUUUUACCUGCAGAAAAACUUUGUAUGGCCCUAUUAUGUUGGUCAUAUUGUGAAUAUAAAUAUACAGCUUAUUGGAAUAAUUGUAUGUAGCACUAUGCUGUGUAGAUAGUUCCUAUUGGAAAAACAGUUGAAGUUUAUUAAAGCCAGAAAGUAUGAGAUUCUGUUAUGUUAAUUUCAAUAAGAGAAAUCCAAAUUCCCAGUAUGUUCGUCUUUUUUUAGGAAGGAUGAUGUGUUGUGGUAAAAAGUGUUGAUAUAAAAGUGAUAAUUUAGUUCUGGUAGCUUUUAUGAUUACAUCAGUGUAUUCUAGAAAUAGUAAUGUCUUUAGGAAAUUGUGAUUUAGUUUUUGACUUUUUAGAUAAGUACAAAGAGAAGUGGUCUCAUGAAAUGCUCUAAUGUAUAACAUUUACCAUCAGCCUUCAAAAUGAAAUGAGUUUGUGAAAUUCAGAAAGUAUAUCUUUAUAAUCUUGAUAUUCCUUUAUAAUAAUCUGAAGUUCAAAAGAGUACAUUUUUAAACAGGUUACUAUUAAUGCAUUGGCCCACGUAACAAAAAGAUUUGAUUGUCUUAAAAAUCAUUAAAUACCUUUUUUCAUGAAAUUUCUUAGUAUUGUAAAAAAGCAGUUUGUCAAAUCCAAGCAUAUUUGAAUGUAAUCUCCCACAAUUUGAAAUCGAAGUGCUGUAGUAUUGUGGUUCUGUAUAUUAUGUUAAAAAAUUAAAGGAUGGAAACGUUUCUUUGUAUAUGUAUAUUUGAAUUAAAAGAAAGUAAUGGAAGAAUUG